UUGGCCGUUUCUUAAAGAUUACGCACAGUGAAGUCACGUGGUUUUGUACGACAGACGUAAACCGCGGGGAAGAUGGCGGCCGCCGGAGGAGAGUCUUCAGCGAAACCAGAUUCAGAUGAAUUAUUUCAGACUUUUUACACUGAGGUGAAGCAGAUCGAGAAGAGAGACUCUGUGUUGACAUCUAAGCAGCAAAUAGACAGACUGCUCAGGCCAGGCGCUUCCUACUUCAACCUCAACCCUUUCGAGGUUCUGCAAAUAGAUCCCGAUGCAACUGAUGAUGCAUUAAAGAAACGCUUCAGAGCGCUAUCAAUUUUAGUCCAUCCUGACAAAAACCAAGAUGACCCAGACAGAGCUCAGCAGGCUUUUGAAGCUGUGGACAAGGCCUACAAACAACUGCUAGAUCCUGAGCAGAAGAAGAGGGCUGUCGAUGUUAUCCAAGCUGGAAGGGAAUACAUCGAACAUAUGGUGAGUGAGAAAAAGAAAAAACUGAAGAAGGAAGGGAAGGACCAGACGGUGGAAGAGGAUGACCCUGAAGUGUUUAGACAAGCUGUGUACAAGCAGACCAUGAAGUUGUUUGCAGAGCUGGAAAUCAAAAGGAAGGAAAGGGAAGCCAAGGAUAUGCAUGAAAGAAAAAGGGCAAGAGAGGAAGAAAUCGAAGCAGCAGAGAAAGCCAAACGAGAGAGAGAGUGGCAGAAGAAUUUUGAGGAAACACGAGACGGGCGAGUGGACAGUUGGAGGAACUUCCAGGCAAAAGGCAAGAGUAAGAGCAAGAGCAAAGGAGAGAAAAGGUCAUUCCUAAAACCUCCCAAAGUGAAGAUGGAACAGAGGGAAUGAUACUGUACAAUAGGACUUCAUAGAAAAGUAAUUUCCUGUUUCUGAGUCUGUCCCUCGUCCAUCAUCUGCUGUGGACUCAAUAUCACGACGUCAGGGACACAGCAGAGCCUAGACACUCAGAUGUAGUUUUGUACUGUUUUUGUACAUAAUGUGACCCUCUGAUCAGGCCUGUGCUACCAGGCAGCCCAACUUCUGUUUUCAUGACAUAUUUUUACAAAAUAAAGCUCAGAUCUUAAGCAUUUUUUCUGUGGUGUAUAAAGUUGAAGCUUCAGUUUGUUUAGAGAAGAAUUUUCAAGAGUAAAAAAAAAAAAAAUCAAAGGUAUUGGUUCACAUUUAGUGUUUCUGGACUGUCCUGGACUGUUCACACCGAUGCAAAUCCACUGUGUUUCACAGUGAAUGCAUUUAUUGUUUUAUUUUAUAUUGGAUUUGCAUGUGUUAUUGUAUCAAUGACCCCUGUCAAUAAAAGACUACUACACAACAGA